UUGCACAGCGGCGCGUGCACUGGGGACCAAACUUGGGGGAGAGAGAGAGAGAGAAAGAAAAAAAAUAGUCAGGGAAUACAGUCGAAGAAAUCAUGACAGGGAAAGAAGGGUCAGUGUUGUCGGAGAGUUUAAACAAGCCCAAAGCGGCAUCCCCCGCUGACAAUGUGGGGACAAACAACCACCAACCAUCAAAGACAAAUUCCUCCACCGCUCCCAGAUGUACGGGAUUCGGGAUCCAGGAAAUUCUGGGGCUCAAUAAAGAGCCGCCCUCCACCCCCAGGACCGCCCUGGAGUCUCUGCCGGCUGGAGCGCACUUGCUUGCCGCCAGGUCGGUGCUGGGUCCCGCCGGAGUUGGGAUGGGAUUAAUUGGAGCUGGAGGAAUCCCUUCAUUUUACAGCCAGCCUGCCUUUUUAGAGGUCCUGUCAGACGCACAAAAUGUCCACCUGCAACCCAUUAACCGGACGAUUGGACCCUUGGACGCAAGCCAGACCGCUAGCUCAGAUUCCGAAGAUGUUUCUUCAAGUGAAAGGAAAGUUUCUAAAUCCUCGUUGAGUCAGAGCAAGAAAAGGAAGAAAAGGCGACACCGUACAAUCUUCACCUCUUACCAGUUGGAGGAAUUGGAGAAAGCCUUUAACGAAGCCCACUAUCCGGAUGUGUAUGCCAGGGAGAUGCUGGCCAUGAAGACAGAGCUACCCGAGGACAGAAUACAGGUGUGGUUCCAGAACCGGCGUGCCAAGUGGAGGAAGCGCGAGAAGUGCUGGGGCCGCAGCAGCGUGAUGGCGGAGUACGGGCUGUACGGCGCCAUGGUCCGGCACUCCAUCCCCCUGCCCGAGUCCAUCCUCAAAUCUGCCAAGGAUGGCAUCAUGGACUCCUGUGCCCCCUGGCUGCUUGUUCAAGAUGGCUUUCCAAUGACCAGACGGUUUUCUAAAUCCGACUACCCACAAUUCUUUUUAGGGAUGCACAAAAAGUCAUUGGAGGCGUCAGUGACCCCCUCAGCAGGGAAGCCCGAUGCCACUCAGUCGCCAGCCAAUCAGAAACAGGAUGAGCUGGAGGCAGAGGAGAGGAGGAAAGAGUCCAAGUCACCCAUUUCCAAAGAGGAACUGAGGGAAAACAGCAUUGCAGCACUCAGGGCCAAAGCACAGGAGCACAGUGCUAAAGUGCUGGGGACAGUAUCCAGUGAGGGACAGGGGAACAAGAUGGAGACAGACGACGCAGAAGAGAAAACCAGAGAUCCGUUAAAUUCUUCAGAAGAGGAAAAAAAAUAAAUACAAAUGUUACCUUUUGAAAACAAAGGACUUUCUUUGUAUCUUAGGACUUUUCAGUGCCCUUGCAGUACUUUAAACCUCUAUAAGAACUCUUUCAGAAUCGUCAAAUCUCCGUCACUUUUACAGGUUUUAUAAGUGUAACAUACAUGUAUAUUCAUGUAGUUUUUUUUCUAGCCACGUAAUUAUGGUUUGCUUCUUGUCUUUCCUCCUUUGCUUUUGCAUAAAUCUUUCUCUCCGCACAAAGAUUGUUUAGCUUCAAAGACAGAACGUCUCUUACAGGUGAUACAAACCUACUGAUGUGAAAAACACCCACUAGGAGGCAGUCAAGGUCAACAAACUCAGUAGUAAGGUGUGAUGUCUUUCAUGCAUGGUUCUCAUGCAACUUUUAUUCCUGCUGUAUGCAUGGUCCUGCACAGGAGCAUUGUAUAUACUGUUUUAUUACCUGUCACUGGAAGAAAAACAAACAAAAACUGUUGUCUAUAUUUUCUGAAAUUGCAUAAAGACAUAAGAGAAUAACCUGAAUUUAAGCCCUUUCUGCAGUCAUAUGCAAUUAAACAGAGAAAAUCAAAUCUCUCCAAUUUCGGUAUCAGCUCAUGCAGACUUCAGAAGACUUUUGUCCUGUGCUUAAACCUUGACGCAGUAUCCAGUUUUUUUCCCCAUGACACUCAGUAUACUCAAUUUGAGAUCCCAGAAAUCCCAAAAGGUGUCCAAUUUCAUCUGAACUUGCUCGUUUUUACUUUCUAAAUUAUCCAGAUCUGUCACUGAAGCCUUGUUUAAAUUGACUUUGUUAAUUAGGAUGGCAGCUAGGUUUGGUUUUACAGGUCUGUAUUGGUGGGGCAGGCAAGCUUGCAUUCACCAUGAAAAGACAGCUUCUCCCUUUUCAGGAGUAAGGAUGAGAGCACGUACAAAAUAAUAAUUCUCUGAAUCCCAUAACUGGAACUUAAACUUGUGAUGAACAUCUGGGCUCAAUGGUUAGUGGGAUGUGGCAGCAAGCCCUUUGUUUGCGAAUGGAAUUCUCUUCCGGAUUUUUUCAACACCCAUUCCCUUAAUAAUAACUGUAACUUGUAACUGCAAAUGUAACUUACUUUUGAUACCAUUAACCUACUACACAUUGUCUCACCCACUGUUUUGAAGAUCUGGUGCUCGAUGAAGACAUCGCCCUAUAUCUUGUAUCCAGAAUGUAACAAUGAAGCAGACAAGAUUCCAGAUUAGAAAAGAACACUGACCCAUCUGAUAAUUCCCAUCUAAUAAUCCUUUUGCGUUUGUCAUCACACUCUAGCAUAGAUAAUGCAGACAAAGGCCAACAAGUACUGGGUUUUAGAUCUGAGAUUGCUAGGAGGGCCAGACGCUCGACUGUACCAAGUGGAACUUAUUUGUGAGGAUAAAAAUUACUUUAGCUGAUGACAGGUUUUGCAUUCUAUUUCUGGACUGUUUUAAGCAGAUGUUAUCUGGGCUUGAGAUAAGAAAGACUCCGGUUUGACCAUACAUAAACCCAUCUCCAGAGAGACAGUUUCUAUCAUCCUCUCAUUUACAUUUAAAUGCCAUUAUUGCAACAGCCCACCAUGAACGAACACUGAUAAAUAUCUUGUGAUGAGUUUAAACCUGACCAUUCUCCGGAUCUCUCCACGUUACCAAGCAGCUUUAGAAUGUACUUCUUCCUGGUGUAAAUGGUGUAAAUAAUGGGAAAAUAGCAUACCACUGAAGUGUGAAAAACAUGAAAUAUACUUUAAUGUAGCUAAGAAUAAAACAAUGUGUUUUUUGUUUUACCUUUCUGUAUGAUAAAAAUAAAACGUGCAAUGGUUAUUUAGACAACGCGUGUCGUGUGUCCUACAGUUCUUUCAUCAACUUCUGUAUUCAUGUUUCUUCCAGAACCCCCUCCCUGCCUGAUUAGUCUGUAAAGCGCGCUUAUUUGUCUCUUUGCAGUUAUUUUAAAAUUCCUUAAAUUUUCGCCAGUACCUUAAGCAAACGAGCAACCUAUUAAGAACAAGAAAAUGUAAGAAUGU